CUUGAGCUGCGGUCCAUCUGUAGUCGUGAGGGGCCUUACCUCCCUGAGAUUUGCACCUCCGGGGUCUUCUCUGAGCUAAGGAAUGGCUGUGCUUAAUCAGAAGUCUGUCUUGGACAUGAUUAAAGCAUUUAGAAGGAACUGGCAUGUUCUUUGUGAUUCUGAAAGAACUACUCUGUGUGGCGCAGACUCCAUGCUCUUGGCAUUGCAGCUUUCCAUGGCAGAGAACAAUAAACAGCACUAUGAAGAAUUUACAGUCUCUCUCAGUGAUGUUUUAAUGACAUGGAAAUUCUUACUACAUGAGAAAUUAAACUUACCCAUUGAAGAUAUGGAAGUGGUUGACCAUUAUGAGGACAUUAAGAAGACUUACGAUGAUUUUUUGACGAAUAGUAAUAUGGUAGAUCUGAUCGACAUUUAUAAAAAAUGUAGGAUUUUGACUUCUAAUUGUGAAAAUAAUGACAUGAUAUCCCCCAUUCAACUACUGGAUUUUCUCUGUGGCAAAGAGCAUGCAGGAGAUAAUGAAAAUGAUCUUUAUAUGCCAGUGUCACCAGUGAAACACAACCAGGAUCAUGAAAAGGUACAGCUACUAGCAAAGAAAGUUAUCUUUUCAUAUUUAAGCCUGCUAGUAAAUUCAAAGAAUGACCUGGCUCUGGCUCAUAUUCUCAAUAUUCCUGAUAGAGGACUUGGAAGAGAAGCCUUCACUGAUUUGAAACAUGCUGCUCAAGAGAAACAGAUGUCUAUCUAUUUGAUGGCUACAUCCUUUAUUAGAACAUUAGAGCUUGGAGGGAAAGGCUAUGCACCAUCACCAUCUGAUCCUUUAAGGAAACAUGUAAAGGGACUGUCUAAUUUUAUUCAUUUAAUUGACAAAUUAAAUGAGAUUCUUGGAGAAAUACCAAGUCCAAGCAUUGCAGGGAGUCGUAUUCUGUCAGUGAUAAAGAUGCAGCUGACUAAAGGCCAGAACAGCAGGGAUCCUUUUUAUAAAGCAGUUGAGGAAGCUGCUCAGGCUUUGGACUUGAGGAUUAAAAACAUUAUCAAUUCUCAACAAGAGGCUGUAGCUGUCAGCACCCCUGACAUCAGUCCUGCCCGGCCAAAAUCUCAUGCCAUAAACCAUGACACUUCAUACUGUGGCAGAGAUACCGUGAAAACUUUACUAGUUCUUUUGGAUGAAGAAGCAGCCCGUGCUCCUACCAGAAACAAAGCAGAGCUUUUAUAUGGUGACGAAAGCACGAUUCAUUGUAAUGCAACUUCUAUUCUUACACUUUUUACCUCUCCCACACAAGUGAAUAACUCAUCAGUGAAACCCCUAAGAGAACGCAUCUAUAAGUCAAUGCAAGAGAAAAAAAAUAAGAUGACUCAGACAUUAAUUAGAUCGCAGUUUGCUUGUACUUAUAAAGAUGACUACAUGAUAAGCAACGAUAAAUGGAAUAACAUGAAUUCUGCAUCAGAACCUUUAUGUGUUCUUCAUAUGGAAAACGACCUUGCUGAGGGUAUAAAAUCAUCUGUUGGAAAAUCAACAAUUGCAACAAGUUCUGGAAAUGUUCAUCUGGACAGAAGUGAAAAUGACAAAGUAUCAAGAAAAUCAAGUGGCCAGACAGGAAAUAAAAGCUCAAAAAGGAAACAGGUGGAUUUGGACGGUGAAAAUAUUCUCUGUGAUAACAGAAAUGAACCACCUCAACAUAAAAAUGUUAAGAAACCUAAAACAUCAAACGAUUCACAGAAUAAAUUGGAUAGUGAAGUAGCCAAAGUAGCAAAAGGCAAAAAGUGUACUUCCAAGGCCAAAUUCAUCACUGGCCAGACAAAGUUAACUCAAUUUUUUAGACUAUGAUUGUGUCUUUUAUGUGUUUUAGAUUUAUGCAUAUGGAAAGCUGUACACCAAAGUCACAUGUUUAAUUUAUAAAAGCUCAAGGUGUCAAUUGUGAUGCUUUCAAAUUUUUCUUUGAAGUGAACGUAAGGUUCAUGUGGUAAGCAUUGUUUAAAAACACCACUGAGUCAUAAUUAUGCAGAAUUUUCACAAAGUUUAAUAUACAGAAAAAGCACAUCAUUUAGAUUAUUGGUAUGUCUUAACACUACUUUCUUUUAAAGCAGACAUUUAAAAUAAUAUACAAGUUAUAGGAACAUUAAGGGUUUUCUUCCCACUGGCAAUGAAAUGGUUUUGUUUUCUUCCCCAAAGAUGACGUGAACCAACAGGUAUCAGACUUGCCAACAAGGCCGGUAGACUCUCCCCAGCAUGCACCUGAGCACUGAAGGAAGAAUAAAAUAGUUUAAAUUACUCAAAGUACUACAAUCAUCACACAGAACUAAGAAAUAAUAAUAAUAAUAACAAGAAUGGAUCUAUUAUAACUAAUUCUGAGUAAACCAAAAUUAUCAUACCUACAUGCUUCUUAUUCCCACAUUUUUGACAGUCACUUAAUGUCAACUGGAAUUGAACAUCAGUCUUAUUUGAUUUUGUUAUAUUGAGAUCCAAAUUCAGAGGUCUUUUUAUGGUAUUAAGAUGUAAGAACUGAAUUUUAAAAGACUACUCACUGUCAAAAUCUCUCCUUCCUAUUGGAAACUUAGCUGAGUUUUCUUCAUCCCCAAUUUCUCUCUUUUCUUGUGUUGAUUCAGUAUUCUGAACUCCAUUCUCAGCUGGAAAAGCUACAGAUCCCUUUAAUGCAAGAUAAGGCUUUAUAGCCAGAUUCAGUGGCAGACCAUGACUCACAAAAUUAUGUUUGGAGCCUGUGUUCUGUGAAGAGAAAAUUUGUGUUUUAGCUGUCUUUGGAAUGGAGCAAUGAUACUAUUGUUUAAUGCCCUUAUUGAUCAACUUAAAGAUGUUCUGCACUAGUUUUGACUCCUUAAAAAUAGCUUAGAUACAAGUUUAGUCGGGGUGGAAAAAACUUUUGUAUAAAAGAUAUUCUCUGGGAUGAGAGAGCCACCUGUUUUACAUGAAUUGUCAUCAGUUAUCCUACUAAUGCAUAUUGUCACUAUUUGCAUAUAUUUCUAUUUAUUAAAUAACAAUGUCAAUUUUUCUUUUCAGAAGAUUUAAAAAAAUAAUUUACAUUUCUGUUACAAUAAAAGACAAGUCACAUA